AUGCUGUACAUAGUAGGCCUCGGCCUCGGCGACGAGCGCGACAUCACGGUGCGGGGGCUCGACGCCGUCCGCCGCUGCGCCAAGGUCUACAUGGAGGCCUACACCUCCCUGCUCUCCGUCGGCCUCGACCCCGCCUCGCUCGCCAACCUCGAGAAGAUGUACGGGAAGGAGAUCACGGUCGCCGACCGCGAGAUGGUGGAGGAGCGCGCCGACCAGAUGCUGACCGAGGCCAAGGACGCCGACGUCGCCUUCCUCGUCGUCGGAGACCCGUUCGGGGCGACCACGCACACUGAUGUUAAGAUUAUUCACAAUGCCUCUGUCAUGAACGAGGUCGGAAUUUGUGGGUUGCAACUUUACCGCUACGGGGAGACCAUCUCCAUACCUUUCUUCACGGAGACAUGGAGACCAGAUAGUUUCUAUGAGAAAAUUCAGAACAGUCGCCGACUUGGCCUGCACACUCUUUGCCACGGCGAGGACAACGUCACGGCCGCCGGCGACCUCGCGCAACCACCUCAAGGACAGCGUCGCGCAGAUCGAAGAGGAGACCGUGCGGGCUAG